GAACGCGGAAGUCCGCGCGAAUGCGUCACUUCCGGGGCGUUGCCGAGAUGGUCAUGGCGGAGGGUACAGCAGUCCUUAGGAGGAACCGUCCAGGAACCAAGGCGAAGGAUUAUUACAGCUGGCCUGAUGAAUCCUUCGAGGAGAUGGACAGCACUCUGGCAGUGCAACAGUACAUCCAGCAGAACAUUCGCUCGGACUGCGCCAACAUCGACAAGAUCCUGGAGCCACCUGAGGGCCAGGACGAGGGCGUUUGGAAAUAUGAGCACCUGAGACAGUUUUGUCUGGAACUCAACGGCCUCGCUGUAAAAUUGCAGGGAGAAUGCCACCCUGACACGUGUACACAAAUGACCGCUACAGAGCAGUGGAUCUUUCUGUGUGCUGCUCAUAAAACCCCUAAAGAGUGUCCCGCUAUCGACUACACCAGACACACGCUGGACGGCGCCGCCUGUCUUCUGAACAGCAACAAGUACUUUCCCAGCCGGGUGAGUAUAAAGGAGUCGUCGGUGGCGAAGCUGGGUUCGGUCUGCCGCCGUAUCUACAGGAUAUUCUCCCACGCUUACUUUCACCAUCGCCAGAUAUUUGACAAGUAUGAGGAUGAGACCUUCCUGUGUCACCGGUUUACUCAAUUUGUAAUGAAAUAUAACCUGAUGUCGAAGGACAAUCUCAUCGUGCCCAUUCUGGAGGAGGAAGUCCAGAACGCUGUCUCUGCCGAGAGCGAUGCCUGAAGACCCUCACGCGCUCGCACACGUGCACAGUACACACAGAACACGCAAAAAUGUUAACAUUUUGUAUCAAGGCUAACACCUUCAUAUAUCAGUGUUGGGAUUCUUUAAGUGAGGUCUUCCGUUAACAGGUUUUUAUCAAUAACAUAAAGUACCUCACGUGUAUAAAUGCACAGCCUCAUGUAUAACACGUCGUUUUUGCAUUUUUGUGUUCAUCUCAAACAAGGAACUCCAUGAGAAAAGGCCAAAAUCCCUCAUUUGCUUCUUGAGGUUUCUUAUGAGAGCUUCACAGAAAUCAGCUGGCUGAUACACACGCACACGACUGGAGCAUCAGUCGAGCUACAACACUACCAGGGUCGCUUUAGUGUCAUGAGAAUUAAAAAAAAAAAAAAAAACAGGGUAACCAUGGUUACCACAUGAUCUUUAAAAAGAAAUGAUAUGCCAAACUUUAUAAGCGACGUCUCGCUUUUAUUCUUUAUUCUUGCUUAAGUUAUUGCUAAUGUCCUGAUCUCAAGUUUCAAAUAUUCACAGCUUUGACCAUCCUCAAUUUAUUUUUUGGUGACAUUUGGGUUUCUAUAAAACUAUCAUUUACAUAUGUAUGUAAAUAAAUAACUAAUAAACAAGUGUACAGA